AUGGCCAAAAACAGUAUGACAACCAAAGAAGCGUUGGCAAAAUGGGAAGAGAAAACUAGCCAGAAAGCAGCUGAAGCCAAAGAAGUUUUACUGUUUGGACAGUUUCCACCAAUCGAUAAAAUGGAUGCGUCAAUUUCAACGUUGGUGAAUUGUGAAAAAUUAUCAUUAUCAACAAAUAUGAUUGAGAAAAUAGCAAAUUUAAACGGUUUAAAAAACUUGAAAACUUUGUCACUUGGCCGUAAUUUAAUAAAAAAUCUCGUUGGUUUGGAAGCUGUUGGUGAUACAUUGGAAGAAUUAUGGAUCUCAUAUAAUCAAAUAGAAAAAUUGAAAGGCAUUGGUGGCAUGAGAAAACUUCGUGUAAAUAUUAACGUAUUAUAUAUGAGUAAUAAUGUGGUCAAAGAAUGGGGAGAAUUUCAAAAACUCGCCGAAUUACAAACUUUACAAGAGUUAGUAUUUACUGGAAAUCCAUUACAUGAAAAAUUUCUAGAGGAAAAUGAUGGGAAACAUGAACAUUGGCAAGCCGAAGUACAAAAACGAUUGAAAGCGCUCAAAAAACUCGAUGGUCUCCAUAUUAUUCGUGAAGAAAAAGAAAGUGGCGAAUAG